AUGGCUCCCUCUUCUGACGAAGGCAGGUUCUAUGUUUCCUACCCCUUGUCCGCGGAGUGGGCCUUGUCGGUCGCCUUACAAGACGCCCCUUCUUCGGAAGGAGACAAUUCCCCACCUCAUGCUGGAGCCUACGAUGUGGUUGGUCCUGAGUUCUCUCAUGCCCCUUGUACAUGGUUCAAUCUGUUAAACCUGGAUAAGGUGCAUCCAGACUUUUCUUGGAUCGAUCGCCUGUCCGUUCCUGAGCCUCGAGAGGGGGAGGAGUUGUCCUGGCAACAAGAAGAAGUUUCCUCCUGGUUAUACUACUGGGAAACCAUUCGCUCGUCUGUGUCCGCUGCCUGCUACAAGGAAGUCGUGGAUUCUGAUAGGUAUAUCUGUGGCUUUGCUGUCGCUGGAUUUUGUCCAAGCCCGAAGAAUUUAUCUGCCCGUUCUCUGGACGGUCGGGUACUUAUCUUAUCGGGGUUAGCGGCUGGUCGUGAAGAUGACCCCUUCAACUCCUAUGUUCCUAUCGCUUCAGAGGUCUAUCGUUGGGCUGCCCGUUCCGGUACGAAAAUUCAGUGCGUCUUCUCUCACACUGAUAAGCAGAAGUAUGACGACUAUCCUGCCCGUUCUUGUAUGAGGAAUGAAUGCAAUCUUGUAUUUUGCUGUGCAAGACAUGCUGAGGAGGCCGUCUACUUACUGAAUCGUGCCGGUUUCUAUCGCCCGUUGCUACAUUUGGACCGUCAAGUGUAUGUCUUCCGGUCUCGCAAAGCUUGGAAGGCCGAUUCUCUUGGCCCUGACCUUCGUUGGUCUGGUCUGACUGCUGACGAACUCAAGGCAUUAGCCCUGCUGAGAGCCGAAGCUACCUCUCCGUCCGCUCUUGCCCGUUCCGUGCCCAGUGACGCCUUUGAAAGGAAGGCCUUUGAGGUCUUCUAUUUUGGCCGUUCGACUGAUAUUGAAGUUGUCCGUGCACGUCAUCGUGAUGAGCUGCCGAUAUAUUAUCACAAUGCUAUUAACACUGGGCGGAUAUCUUAUGAGCACUUGGUCGAAGAUUUGGCGAGAUUUUACGAGAAGUUGGCUCGGUUCCGUUCGCGUCGUAUGAGGCCCGCUGAUAUCGAGGAAGCCGAAGAAGGAAGAUAA